CACUGAAAACUUGCUGAGAUACCCAGAGAGAGAGAGAGAGACACCACUGCAAGGAAGAUGGAGACCAAACCAACAGAGAUCAGUAGCUCAAAGAUGUUUGGAGGGUACAACAAGAGGUACAAGCAUUUCAGCCCCACGCUCGGCUGCUCCAUGACCUUCCAUAUCUACUUCCCUCCUUCUCCUUCCCCUCCCCACAAAUUCCCUGUACUUUACUGGCUCUCUGGCCUUACCUGCACAGAUGAGAACUUUAUAACCAAGUCAGGAGCUCAACGUGCUGCUUCGAGUGAAGGUGUUGCUUUGAUUGCCCUUGAUACAUCUCCAAGAGGCCUGAAUGUGGAAGGAGAGGCAGACAGCUGGGAUUUUGGUGUAGGUGCUGGAUUUUAUCUGAAUGCUACACAAGAGAAGUGGAAGAACUGGCGUAUGUAUGACUAUGUUGUCAAGGAAUUGCCAAAACUUCUAAGUGAAAAUUUUCCACAGCUUGAUAUUUCAAGGGCAUCUAUAUCUGGUCAUUCCAUGGGUGGGCAUGGUGCUUUAACAAUCUACCUUAAGAACCUGGACAAGUAUAAGUCAGUAUCCGCUUUUUCACCCAUUGUGAAUCCUAUAAACUGUGCCUGGGGUCAGAAGGCUUUCACAAAUUAUCUAGGUGGCAACAAAGCUGAUUGGGAGGAAUAUGAUGCAACUUGCCUGAUAUCGAAGUUUCAUGAUGUGUCUGCUACCAUUCUGAUUGAUCAGGGGGUGGAUGAUAAAUUUUUGCAUGACCAGCUGCUGCCCCACAAGUUCGAAGAGGCAUGCAAAAAUGCUAAUGUUCCACUCCUUCUGAGAUUGCAGCCUGGUUAUGAUCACUCUUACUAUUUUAUUGCCACCUUCAUUGAUGAUCACAUCCGCCACCAUGCUCAAGCUCUUAACCUUCCAUGAAGGUUAUGCUUUUCGAGAAUCUAAAACCCUAGAAAUUGCCAUCGUAAACUAUAGGCCACUUGUGCUUUUGUUUAAAUAAUUUUGGUUUUCCCGUGUGAAUAUUAUGUUCAGAAUGCAUACAAUACUAAACAUGCUGGCAGUUAAAGAUGUCUACUUGUGUGCUUAGUUUUAAUGUUUUCCUUGUAUUGUUUUCUUCUUCUUCUUGGCCGUGUAUCUUAUAUA